AUGGCUGAUGAUUCAUCCAAAUCCAACCCCUCCGCGGAAAUGGUGAAUCGUGGUCGUCAUGACUGGAGAAUUCCCACACGUCAACAGGGUCGCACUGAAGGUCGCUCCAGAUCCCCUAUCCGUCACCAGGACAAUGAUCACUAUUGGCUCGAUCGCUCUAAUACUGCUGCUGGCCGCCAUCUUCCUGCUCUUGCGCCUGCUCCUGUCGAUCUUUUCGCCCUCCCACCAUAUCAGCCACUUAACGGCGCAGCACUUCAAGCUGUAUCCGUGAUCACCCAUCGACAGACUAGUUCUAUAAUCCAUGGCUAUUUUAACUUAACCUUUUCUAAAUUGAGGGUACUUUCCACCCUUGUUGAUCUGGUAAUCGGGGCUAUGUUUCCCACUGCCGACAAAGUUGUUAAUGUCAGACACUUUCAACUUUUCAUCCAGCAUGUUUUCCACGCAUGGUUGUCAACUGAACCAGUUGUGGGAGAGGCCAAACUCCCCGCGCACAACUUUGGAUACUACAGUGUUCCAGUUGGAACACUAAAGCAGGAUGCUCCUAUCACCGAAGGGGCGAGAGGCCAAGGUGUGGCCUUUCUAGAGGAUAAUUACCGUGUGGGCCAGCCUGUUUUCUACGGCAUCACCCUAAACCAUGAGCAGGAGCCAGUCGCCUUCGCCUGGCAAGACUCGCAAGGUCAGGGCAUCAGCCAAAGACUUAUCCAAUUCAACAGAGGCAUGACUGUCCAACAGGCUCGCUACAACGUCAUGGCUAUCAACGAUGAGAACGAGAUUAUACGUAUCGGAUAG